CACUACUCAUCAUCUUCAUCAAUCAAACCAAAUCAAAUCAUUUUCUUCAAUCUUUUCAGGUUUCAUGUGUAAGGUUACAAAGGGUAAGUUUAACUCAGCCAUGGAUGGCCAGAAGUCCCAACAAAAGUAUGUAACCGUGUUCAAAAAAUGUUUGAAUUUGCUAGAAUUAGCGGCUGCCGACGAUAUAACCGGGUUCAUUAACAUGGUGGAAGAGAAGGAUGCAAGCGUUGACGACAUCGGCUUAUGGUAUGGAAGAAGUAUCGGGGGUAAUCAGCAAAAGAUGGGGUUCGCAGAACGAACCCCGCUCAUGAUUGCUUCCGUUUACGGAAGCAUUCAUGUUUUGAAAUAUAUUAUAGAUACUAAAAAAGUGGAUGUUAACAAAUCCUCCUCGUCUGACGGAGCCACAGCGCUACACUGCGCUGCCUCGGGUGGGUUGCCAAUGUCAGUUACAGCUGUCAAGCUUUUACUUGAAGCUUCUGCUGAUGCUGACUUAACUGACAGUAAUGGGAACCGUGCCGGCGAUUUAAUUGCCCGUGGCAUUAAACCGUCGGCUCGAAGGGAUUUGGAGAUGUUGUUGAACGGGUUUUCGAGCGAAGAUGGGAGCGAUGAAGAGCGAAUCGAAGGAAAAGAAAUUGUUUCGGUGAAAAAAGAGUACCCGGUUGAUGUAUCGAUGCCGGAUAUUAAUAAUGGUGUGUACGGGUCGGAUGAGUUUAGGAUGUAUACGUUUAAGGUGCAACCGUGUUCGCGAGCUUACACUCAUGACUGGACCGAGUGCCCGUUUGUUCACCCGGGCGAGAACGCUCGUAGACGUGAUCUACGAAAGUUCAACUACAGUUGCGUUCCUUGUCCGGAGUUUCGUAAAGGAAGUUGUGUGAAAGGAGAUGCGUGUGAAUACGCACAUGGAGUGUUUGAAUCCUGGCUUCACCCGGCCCAAUACAAAACUCGUCUAUGUAAAGACGAAACCCUGUGCGCGAGAAAAGUUUGUUUUUUCGCGCACAGAGUGGAAGAGCUGCGGCCAGUGUACGCUUCCACUGGCUCAGCUCUCCCAUCCCCAAAAUCCGGGUCCGUUGUCGCAUUAAUCGAAAUGGGUUCCAUGAGCCCUUUGGCGCUCGGUUCAAAUCCUACUAUGUCUCCUCCAGGAUCCCCAAUGUGGCAAAACAACAAGGUGAAUCAUUCGACACCACCCGCACUCCAACUUCCAGGGAGCCGGUUAAAAACCGCGUUAAACGCUAGAGAUUUGGAUUUCGAUAUGCCCUUGUUAGGAUCCGAGAGUGUAAGAACUCAACACCAACAACGUCAAAUGAUCGAUGAUUUAUCGAAUAAUCUUUACAACAACCGAUUCGGGGACUUAAAACCGACGAAUCUUGAAGACGUUUUCGGAUCACGCGAUCAAUCAUUAUUAUCCCAAUUCGGACAAAAUUCAAACCGUCUUCGCGCAUCUUACCCAUCACCAACCUACUCAUCCACCCCAGUCAGAAAACCAAGCUACGGAUUCGACUCAUCAGCCGCGGUUGCACAAGCGGUCAUGAAUUCAAGAACGAGCUCGUUAAAACAUAGGAGCCAGAGCUUCAUUGACCGAGUGGGAUCCGCUACAAGCCACCGGACAAUCGCGCAACAAUCUCCCACUUUUUCGGAGUGGGGUUCGCCUGAUGGGAAGCUAGAGUGGGGUUUUAGGGGUGAAGAUGCAACAAAGUUAAGGAAAUGUGCAUCUUUUGGAUACGGUGGUUGUGGACAUGCUAAUGUGAAUCAUGAACAAGAUGUUUCAUGGGUGAAUACACUUGUUAAAGAUGUUGGGCCUAAGUGGAUUGAGCAGAAGUGUAUAUAGAACAAGAGCAAAUGGUAGCAUAAAAGCUAAAGAAAAAGCUUUCAUUUGCUAUUAAAAUUCUUUCUAAUGUUAGAUGUUGGAAGAACUAGUGGUAUUCUUUAAUUUAUUUUGUUGAGUAAAUUGCUAAAAUAGUC